GUUUGUGGACGUGAAAUACCACAAAUUAAACUGCAGAAGAAACAGUGCUUGCUCUUUAAUUCUGAAAAGCAAUAUUUCCAAGCUUGGUUACUCCGAAUCCUUCAGGCACUGUAUUUUUUUUAAUCUGUAGACAACAAGACCUUGCGCGCGAUGAUCCCCGUGGUGGUGCUGCUGCUUAUGGCCCUGGUGGCGUUCGUCGUCCUCACGUUUGCCUUCGAUGCCGAUUUAUUCGCGAACAAAACGAUCGGUUUGCUCUACCCGGCUUCUGGAGCUCGAGGAGCAUAUCCUCUUGAGAACCAGACUUCGACCGUGGGGAGCUCGUUGAUUCCGGCGACCAAAGAUGUGAAGAACGUGCAAAACGCCACACCGACACCAAUGACCACGACAGCAACGACACCUAGCGCUGUUCUGUGGCCUUUCCCAAAGCGUGAGCCAUGGCCAAUGCCUGACCCAGGCCCAUGGCCACUGCCUGGACCAAAUCCAUGGCCAAUGCCUGAACCAAAACCGCGGCCAAUGCCUGAGCCAAACCCAGGGUCCGACAGCGAGCCAGAGCCGUGGACAGUGACUGAUCCAGCUCCAUGGCCGAUGACUGAGCCAAAACCUUGGCCAAUGCCCGAGCCACACCCACGGCCCAUGAGCGAGCCAGACCCAUUUCCUAUGACUGUGCCAAAACCGCCGCCAAUGCCUGAGCCAAACCCAGGGCCCAUGAGUGAACAAACUUCGUGGCCAAUGACUCAGCCAACGUCAUCGCCCAUGCCUCAGCCAGCCUCAUUGCCACUGCCUGGACGAGAUCCACGACCAAAGACCAAGCGACCAUUAUCGACAAUGCCUGCUCAAGACCCAUCGCAUAUGUCAUCAUCACAAAGUAGGUAUCCAAUUAUGCAACGCAAUAACCUUUUCGACAACCCAGCUCACACACUCAGCAACAUCGACAUCAAUUCAGACCUUUCGGAGGAAAAGCAAAAAGUGCUGCGGGAGUUGUGCCUCCGCGGCAGCGGAGGCGUACUUGGAGUUGUGUCCAUCGCCUCCCUUGAGACGCUGGAACUGCGCGAAACUGCGGGUGUUCGUGUUUCGGGCCUUUCCUGUUGGGGAGAGGUCUUGUUGGCUGCCGACUGCAGCGCCGGCGGGCCCUGUUUCUGGAAUGGCAGGGCAGCUUUCGCGGCGUCUGCCGAGGAGGCGGAUGGCCUUGCUUCAGGCUUUGCCUGGGCAGUGGCAGAAUUCCGGUGUGAUGUGCUGCCCCUGUGCAACACAUAG